CAGAGCGAGAGCAUCCAGCAAAGAAAGAGGGGGAGAAUAGGAAGAACAAAACUUCUCAGAGAUGAACCACAAAUAUUCAAUACCCGGCUGGGCAUAUUCCAGGCAAUUACCUUUCCAGUGGCGUCUCGGGCGACUGGCAUAUUUCGCAGCUGUUACAGUUGUCGCUCUUUUCGUUUUCUCUCUUGCCUAUGUCUAUGCUGAAGAGCCGCCUUUCUGGAAACCCGGGCCAGCUCACCCGCCUUUUGACGAUAUCGAUACCGGUAGUACGCACAUUAUAGUUUCACCAGGCUCUCGCGUCGAAACAGACCAACCCGACCUACCUCCGCUUCCAACACUUCCCCCGCUACCCAGACCUCCGUUGGGUGCAGCGCCAGGAUCAACGCCCGCUCAUAAUGCGACUUCAUUUGCAGAUGACAUCGCCUCCGCUGUUUCAAGUCUGCAGAAGCCUGAAGGUCUCAGGGUCGUUGGCGUGAUUUUCUACGGACGACGCGAUCGUUCGUCUAUCCUAGAAUGCUAUCUGCGCCAGAAUCUGGUUUCUAGUGGUGGCUGGUUGGACGAGGUUAUUUGGGCGGCCAAUACUGAUAAUAAACAAGAUUUAGCCUGGCUCGAUCGAGUAGCAGAUGCUUCAGGAGGGGACUACAAGGUCGUCCAUAUGGAAGAGAAAGGAUAUGGCAACGUUUAUGAGGCCUCUUUCAAGGAAAGAAGGACGAUUUACGUCAAGAUUGAUGACGAUGUCGUCUUCAUCGAUCCUCAGGCGAUCCCCAAAGCCGUCACUACAUUGAUCAACAACCCGAAUGCGCUCAUGAUCUCCGCAAAUGUUAUCAAUAGUCCUGCGCUAGGCUGGUGGCAUUAUCAUUCAGACGCUGCGCGAUCAUACAAACCGGAACUGGAACCGAAUGAGACCGCACUAGCCACACGCGGAAAUGGAGCAUGGAAGACAUCUGAGUUACCCACUUGGACCGGUGAACACGAUCUUGAUUUUACACGCUUCGAGAACUUCACGGACUAUUUCGAUGUCGACACACCUGAAGACAUUCCCAAACAUCGCUGGUUACCCACACGAAAUGAGACGGAUAUGUACACCUCGAGUAUCGCCGCGACAAAUGCAGAGGGUGGUCCUCAUCUUACACAUUGGGAGAUAGGUGCUCAGAAUCACUAUUCUUUCUUUGAGCACCUUGAAAACAAUGAAUUGGGCAAGUACUUCUUGUCCAAGGACUAUGGCAAGGGCACGAUCUGGCAUAUGCGCGGCUAUCGCUUGAGUAUCAACUUCAUUGUCAUGCAUGGAUCAGACGUGCUCGACUAUAUAGAUCUCAUUACCGGUCACCCACAAGGCGAUGAUGAGCAUCAGUUGACCGUUGAGAUGCCACGGCUGCUCCAUCGACCCGUCCUUGUGGAAUCUCAAUCUAUCGUCUCGCACUUCUCAUAUGGACCUCAACGCUAUCUUGAGAAGACCGACAUCAUGGAACGAUACUUCAAUUACGCGAAUGACAAUGUUUGCCCUCAACAGAGUCUCAUCGAUCCAAUGAACCCGAACAAGACAUGGAAAUCGCCAUCAAAUCCUGCAUCCACUCCGCAAUCAUCUCCUGCCCCAAAGGAGCCCAUCUCUUCCCGAUUCUUCGUCAGGAAAAGCAGAGACGGGCUGACGCAGCUCUUCGAGUAAUCUUCUCCUCGCCUCAUAUUAUGUGACUUAUUUACUUCGGUUAUCGGCGUUUUCGGAACAUUAAUGAUCACAAGAUCGGUUUCCAGCGGAGUACAAGGGUGUAUUCUGUACUUACUUUUCCGGAUUUAUUAUACUUCUUCUUUCGAUAUAUACGCAUAUACUACUCUGGGGAGCGGCGCGAUUCAUUUUCUUUCUUUUUUUGUUCAUGUCUCACGGGUCAGCAUAUCAUACUUUUCACACGGUAUACAAUACCUCUUUUUCUUAUAUCUAUAAUUAUUUUUCAUGUAUAUAUGCCAAACAGGGCACUUGAUCUGCGGUUUGCCUUAUAUUCGAAUUCUACAUGUUGUAUGAGACUACUUAUGUAAAUGUUGACAA